UGGGGAGGCUGUUUUGGGACUCCAGGCUAGGGUCCCGGGGGGCACCCUGGGUCAAACGGCUCCCCGGGGUGCGAAACGUCAGCUAGGGUUUUGGAGGGUCAAAGUAGACGAGGGCUGCUAGCUGACCGCGCGGUUUCCGAAAUCGGGUCGAGAGGACACAGACCACUCCCGGCCGCGAGCCCCGCCUCGGAGGCGGGGGGGGGGGGGGGCGCCUGACUAGCCAUCUGCUUCGCAUCGCCGCCGCCGCCUCGUCCCGGGCCUCCCCGGCCCCAGGAAUGCAGCGGCUGAGGCAGGCGGGGCGGUGCCUAGGGAGGGCGGUCAGCCCGCACCAGGCCUUCUCCUCCUCCGACCGGCUGGCUGGGGGACGGGACUCCAGUGGUGGGUCAAGCUGUUCCGAGCUGGAGUUGGGGAACCCUUGGUCUCCAAUAUUUCCGCUGGCCGACCUCUCAGGAGGAUGUCUGCCUCUGUAACCUACAGCUGCUUUGCCAUUAUACUCUGGCGGCAGACUGCCCCAGCUGUCUGGAUCUGAGCAAAUACUUAGAUUUUCGGGGUCUGUCUCUAUCUCUGUAAAAUAGGGUUGCAAUAGGCCUCAGCUCUUGGUGCUGGAGAUGAGGGUGGAUGCCCUGAGUGUGGGUGGAGAGUUUGUGGGAAGAAAGAUCUCUGGACUGUGCUCACCCGAAGUCUGGGCCAUCCUUUUGGUUACAAUGCAUGAGGUCCAGCAGAGAGAGGUGCCAGCUCAACCCGUAUUCGAGGCCAUGCACCUACAGCCUCCAGGCCUGUUAGUGCAAGGUCUCUGCUGCAGAGACCAGUGCCCUGUCUCACAAGUGGUUAUGGAGUUGGGAGUGCCUUUUCCUUUAGGGGACACAUGCCAUGGUGAACACAGACCUACAGGAGAAAAGGAGAUAGAUCUGCAGGUAUUGGGGCACAGUUCAUCCUACACCCCUUCCCCCUUCUAGAGGAUAUCUUGGAAGCCCUGCAGGUGUGGGGUUGAGGGCAUACUGAAGAGAUGCCAGGGCCACAAGAGAUGUGCCUACUGCUCUGAAAAUGAGGCUGUUUUUCAUAGAGGGGACACCUGCAGAAGAUGGACUAGCUAGGAGGUAGAAGGUGGCCCCUGGAGGCUGGAGCCCAAAUUUAAUAGAAUCUGGAAGAGAAAGCAGUUCUCUUUCUUAGUAAAUGUAGUGUGAGCAUGGUCUCAGCUUCCCAGCAUGGAAGGACAGAGGCAGCCUGAAGAGGAGUAAAAAGGUUGGUUUUUUGACACUCCUGAGCAUUCAGAGUUGUGAUGUCAUCCAGGGGGCAGCUGCUGUAGCAAGUCUAGUAGUGAGGGAACAAGUCACAUGGCAUUGCUUACCUGGUGGGGCAUGGUGAAGAAACUGGCAUGGUUAGGGCAGAGAACCAUGUCUGGGGGCAAGAGGAGGGAUGGAUGGGGACCCACAAGGCACAGAAGCCUCCUUGGUUGGAUCUGAGAGUGACUGGGGAUAGUGACCAGGGACUAGUCACUGAUCUAGUGAGUGGGCUCUAAGAUUGGGAAAAACAUGAACUGCUUGCCACACAGCAGUGAUUGUGGCUCCCAGAGUAUCAACCUAUAGCAGCACACACUGAUGGUUGGAGUCUGAUUACCCAAGGUAGCACUCACUCAGAGAGCAAGGACCUGCCUUUGUAACUUUUUGAGUUUUUGUUUUGUUUUUGUGUUUGUUUUGUAAUAUCGUAAACGAGUUCACCAGGCCUUCUUGGCUUGCCAUGAUUGGGUGAUCAGUCCUUGAAAGUCUGCAAGACUUGUUCUCAGUGAACCCAAAUGGGCUUGCAUCUGCUUGUAGUGUCAGCUGCUCUCAAAGGCGUCCUGUAGCUUGCUCCCGCGGCUGUAAAUCGCCCUGAACAGGCAAGGAUCUUAACUUCUCUGAGCAGCAGGUUCCUUAGCUAAAGAGUAGGACCUGAGGCUGCUGAGCUGACUCAGUGGAUCAAGGAACUUGCCACAGCAGAACCUGAAGAUCUGUGUUCAAUUGCCAGAGCCCUCAUGGCAGAAGGGGAGGGCUGAACUUCACAUACAUAGAGUGGCUUGCUCUCUCUCUCUCUCUCUCUCUCUCUCUCUCUCUCUCUCUCUCUCUCUCUCUCUCUCUCCCUCUCCCUCCCCCUCCCCCUCUCCCUCUCCCCCUCCCCCCCCCUCUCACACACACACACACACACACACACACACACACACACACACACGGGGAGAAAAUAAAUACGUGUUUGCUUGUUUAAAGAAUGGGCGAAGAGCUAAGGUGCACAGGAUUUCUGCACAGUCGGCUCCCCAACCUCUGCUGACCGACCUAUCAAACACCUUUGAGUGUGGCCCUAGGAUCAGACACCCAACCUCAGAACCCUUGUCCUAGGUCAGCCAGGGAGCCCAGGAACCGGUGUCCUGGAGCUCUCAGCAGGCCACCAGGCAAGAAAAGCAGCUAUGAAAGAGUCCAGACCACGUGGAAGUGAGAGGAGGUGGGCGGGAUGCACUUAGGUCUCUCUCAGAAGGCAUCCCUGGGGCAAGGUGGGUGGGUCAGUGGCGGCGGCAAAAACAGGCGUUUCUUUCUUUCUGUGGUUUCUGGUUUUUUUGGGGGGGGGGGUUGCUGUUGUUUGUUUGUUUGUUUGUUUUGAGACAGGGUUUCUCUGCAUAGCCCUGGCUGUCCUGGAACUCACUUUGUAGACUAGGCUGCCUCUGGUCGAACUCAGAAAUCCACCUGCCUCUGCCUCCCUCCCGAGUGCUGGGAUUAAAGGUGUGGUUUCUAGUUUUAAUUGUGGAAAAUAUGCAAAGCCUGUUCCCUUCGUUUAUAAAGUUUUAUGGGCUCUGUACUCCAGGUCCCAACUUUGAUCUGAGGGAGAACCAAACUCUUUGGCUGGGGAGGGAGCUUUUUGAGGCAGCUGGCUCCUAUCCACACGUUCCCAGGUGCUCACGUGUUGCGCUGGCUGGAGGCAGCUGGGGGAUGAGUGUGGGAUAGCGGUGUGCGAAGGCAAUUCCACGUGCUCAGAAAACGAGGUGUGCGUGCGGCCAGGCGAAUGCCGCUGCCGACAUGGCUACUUUGGUGCCAACUGCGACACAAAGUGCCCGCGCCAGUUCUGGGGCCCUGACUGCAAGGAGAGGUGCAGUUGCCACCCGCACGGACAGUGCGAGGACGUGACCGGACAGUGUACGUGUCACGCGCGCCGCUGGGGUGCGCGCUGCGAGCAUGCUUGCCAAUGCCAGCAUGGCACGUGCCACCCGCGGAGCGGCGCGUGCCGGUGCGAGCCGGGCUGGUGGGGUGCGCAAUGCGCUAGCGCUUGCUAUUGCAGCGCUACUUCCCGGUGCGAUCCACAGACAGGCGCCUGCCUGUGCCACGUAGGCUGGUGGGGCCGCAGCUGUAACAACCAGUGCGCCUGCAACUCGUCGCCCUGCGAGCAGCAGAGUGGCCGCUGCCAGUGUCGCGAGCGCAUGUUUGGCGCCCGCUGUGAUCGCUAUUGCCAGUGCUCUCACGGUCGCUGCCACCCGGUGGACGGCACGUGUGCCUGCGAUCCUGGCUACCGGGGCAAGUAUUGUCGCGAGCCAUGCCCCGCUGGAUUCUAUGGCCCGGGCUGUCGCCGUCGGUGUGGCCAAUGCAAAGGCCAGCAGCCGUGCACGGUAGUCGAAGGCCGCUGUCUGACAUGCGAGCCCGGCUGGAACGGAACCAAAUGUGACCAACCCUGCGCCACCGGUUUCUACGGCGAAGGUUGUGGCCACCGCUGCCCACCCUGCCGCGACGGGCAUGCCUGCAACCAUGUCACCGGCAAGUGUACGCACUGCAAUGCGGGCUGGAUCGGCGACCGGUGCGAGACUAAGUGCAGUAAUGGCACUUACGGUGAGGACUGUGCCUUCGUGUGCUCUGAUUGCGGCAGCGGCCACUGUGACUUCCAGUCCGGGCGCUGCCUUUGCAGCCCUGGUGUUCACGGACCUCACUGUAAUGUAACUUGCCCGGCCGGGCUCCACGGCGUGGACUGCGCCCAGGCCUGCAGCUGUCACGAGGAAUCAUGCGACCCGGUCACCGGUGCCUGCCACCUGGAGACCAAUCAGCGCAAAGGUGUGAUGGGCGCGGGCGCUCUGCUCACGCUGCUCCUCGGCCUGCUGCUCUCGCUGCUCGGUUGUUGCUGCGCCUGCCGGGGCAAGGACUCGGCGCGCCGGCCCCGCCCCUGCAGGGAGCUCACCCUUGGAAGGAAGAAGGCGCCUCAACGUUUUUGUGGAAGCUUCAGCCGCAUCAGCAUGAAGCUGCCCCGAAUCCCGCUUCGCAGGCAGAAGCUGCCCAAAGUCGUAGUGGCCCAUCAUGACCUAGACAACACACUCAACUGCAGUUUUCUGGACCCACCCUCAGGGCUGGAGCAGCCCUCUCCAUCAUGGUCCUCCAGGGCCUCCUUCUCAUCAUUCGACACCACAGAUGAAGGCCCUGUGUACUGUGUGCCCCACGAGGAAGCGACUGCCGACAGCCGAGACCUGGAAGCGACUGCCGCUCUCACUGAGGUGGCCGCUGUGUCCUUAGAGCCCACGGGCACCUCGACGCCCGGGGAGGAGGCAGCGGUCCUCCCUGCAUCCUCAGACAGCGAGCGCUCCGCAUCAAGCGUGGAGGGGCCGAGCGGGGCGCUGUACGCGCGUGUGGCCCGGCGCGAGGCCCGGCCGGCCCGGACCCGAAAUGAGGCUGGGGGCUUGUCACUGUCCCCAUCGCCCGAGCGCAGGAAGCCGCCACCACCAGACCCUGCCACCAAGCCUAAGGUGUCCUGGAUCCACGGCAAGCACAGCGCCGCUGCCGCUGCACCGUCGCCUCCGCCUGCAGGCCGCAAGGCUGCGCCGAGCCCUAGCGGGAGGAAACGGACCCCCAGCAACUCGUCGGUGCAGCCCCCCGGACUGACCGAGGAGGCCCCCGGCCCGGCUUCACCCACGCCACCCCGCGCCCGAGCGCGCGGCCGCGGCCUGGGGCUCUCGGAGCCAACGGACGCGGGAGGUCCCCCGCGCAGCGCGCCCGAGGCCGCCUCUAUGCUGGCAGCUGAGCUGCGCGACAAGACUCGCAGCUUAGGCCGCGCCGAGAAGCCGCCGCCGCCGCAGAAGGCCAAGCGCUCCGUGCUCCCCGCCGCGACGGUCCGCACAGCCUCGGCGUCCGAGGCCUCGGGGUCAGAGAAGGCGGCGGCCAGCGCACCUGCGCCCGAGACCCCUCGGAAGAAAACCCCCAUCCAGAAACCGCCUCGGAAGAAGAGCAGGGAGGCAGCGGGGGAGCCGAGUAGGGCGGGCACGGCCCCCGGAGCUUCCUAAGCUCGCAGCCCCAGGAGGCUUUCUCACCACCAUUUCCCCGCGCGGCCGCAGCGAAGGCAUUUCAUUGGCCCCCAAAGCCCAGCGCCCGCCCAAGCCUGCGUCUGGUUGGCCUAGGCUCAAGCAGCCGCGGCCUGGUUGGAUCUGCUCUCGGGCCUCGCAGACACUUAGCUGGCUACCCGCUCCCACUAGCAAAGUUGUGGAGCUUUUCUAGUAAUCUCUGUCUCGUUGGCCAUGGCUUGGAGAGCCUACAGACUUCUUACUGGCCAAGAAGAGUGUUCUUGGCAGGGCUACCUUGUCACUGGCCGAUGCCAGCAGCGCUUCUGCCUCUUGGCUGCCUCUCAUUUGCCAAGGCCUGGUGCCUAUGGCUGAAGGGUCUUUUUCUCUGAAGACAAAAAGAGGUUGCGUCCAUAAACUGGGCUCCAGAGUAUCUGGUUGGCCCGAACCUGGGGAGAAGAGCUGGUCUCUUCUUCGCAGGGGGCUCAGCCCAUGUUGGCUUGUCCCCUUCCCACGCACGCCAGCCCUGGUCUCUCAGCCAUCAAGCUGGUUUUGAUGGCCUCCUAUCACCCCACGAGGGAACCCCAGGGCCUACUCUGGUGGCUUUAGAUGUAUUUAUAGGCCCUGGGCAGGGCUUCUCUCAUCCCAUCUGGGACCUUCUGGAUGGGCUCCUCAUAGCAGGCCAAAGCUUUCUUUAAUAAAAUGCUUCUCCCCAC